ACUCUACUGUAUUUGUGCAUUUUAGAUCCCAAUGUUACAUCAGACACUAGUGGUACCGUAGCAGCCGUGAAAGAAGCUAAACAGGAAAAGCAUGACAAGGAAAAGAAGGAUAAGGAAAAGCAGAAGGAAGCAUUCGUUGACCCAUCAAUUCUGUCAGAUCUAAAUAAAACUCCAGAAGAAAUUGCACCUCCCAGACUGGAACGGCUGUGGUCAUAUGUAUGUGAUUUAACUAAUGGUCACAGUGUGAGCAGUAUGGCUUGGAGCAAAGUAAACCCAGAUCUUUUAGCUGUUGGUUACGGAGCAUUUGAUUUUAAAGAACAGAAGAAAGGCUUGGCUUGCUGUUGGUCAUUGAAGAACCCCAUGUGGCCAGAGCGUAUUUUCCGAUGUGAGCAUGGUGUUACUGCUUUGGAUUUUUCUAUGGCAAGCCCGAAUCUUUUAGCAGUUGGAAUGUACAAUGGUUCUGUCGCAAUCUAUAACGUACGGAGUUGUAACGAUGCUGCACUUUUAGACAGCGGUGAAUCCUCAAAUAAACAUACAGGUCCUGUAUGGCAACUGAGGUGGGUGGAACAGGACAGAGAUGCAACAGGAGAUGGCAAAAAAGAGAAAUUAAUGUGUAUCUCAGCAGAUGGUCGAAUAACUGAGUGGUUUAUACAGAAAAGACUAGAUUGCACUGAUCUGAUGAAAAUAAAGCGAACAGAAAGCAAGAAGAGAAAAUUACCAGGUGAGAAAGAAAGGAAAAGUGAAGCUCUGAUAUCUCGACAGGCAGCUGGAAUGUGCUUUGACUUCCAUCCAAAGGACACUAAUUUUUAUCUUGCUGGAACAGAAGAGGGUCAUAUCCACCAGUGUUCUUGUUCAUGCAAUGAGCAGUUUCUAGAGACAUACAGAGGCCAUAAGGGUCCUGUGUACAAAGUCGCUUGGAAUCCUUUCAGCACUGACAUGUUCCUAAGCUGCUCUGCAGACUGGAGCAUUAUUUUGUGGCAUCAGGAUUCACAGACGCCCGUUUUAACUUUCAGUUCCGCCACUGCUUUUGUUCAUGACAUUACGUGGUCUCCAAAAUCGGCCUUCGUAUUUGCAGCAGCAAAUGAAAGCAGGGUAGAAAUUUGGGAUCUUAGCGUCAGCAUCUUGAACCCCGUGAUCUCUUGCUUUGCCAACCCAAGAGUGAAAUUCACAUCUGUACUCUUCGCCAAGAACACCAACUGCCUUCUCGUAGGAGACAGCAAAGGAGAAGUCGGCGUGUUUGAGCUGCAGAACCUGCCUGCUCCCAACAGGAAUAAGGUUGAUACCUUACAUGACAUAAUUGGUCCUGCUGUAGCUAUUUAA